GCGGAACAUUCUCACCACACCUGUUCUUUUGUGAUAAUCAGAGCCUUUGAACCAUUUGCUGAUUCACUCCAAACCAUCACCAAUAACUUCAUUGUCCCCGCCUCUAAAAUAGUAUUGAAACAUAUUAUCCACCUUGUACCAGGGAAAAUCUAGCAUGGCGCGAACAAGACCUCCAAACCCGCCCGCCCCUAGUAUAACUGCUACCCAUGUCGAAUCCUCCAACAUCCAACAGACGAGACGGGGAAUACCGAUUACUGGAACCCUAAGGCUACGAGGUGAGGCAACGGCCACAGAGGAGAGCCCUGCCGAACGGAGACAUAUACGAUGGGCUGAAGACGUUGUCGACAACGAAGGACAAGGCAAAAAGAGCUCAAAAGUCUGUUGCAUAUAUCAUAAGCCCCGAGAGGUUGGCGAAAGCAGUUCAGAGUCAGAUUCUUCCGACUCCGACUCUUCCGAGAGCAAUAGCGACAGCGAAAUCGAUAGUGGAGAAGCAAGAAUGACCAACAGCCGCUCCCCGAGACGUCAUUUACACAAUCAUGAUCAUGGUGGCAGUGAGCAUUCAGGUCACGGCAGAAAACGACCAAAAACGAAACCAAAGGUAAACGCUUAUGAGCGGGUGCCGAAGUAUAACGAAAAACGGGAAGGCACUGGGGAAGGCCCUUGACAAGUUCUGGAAGUAUAGUGACGAUAAUGGAUUUACGAACCACUACUUUGGCAUUUAGUUUACAUAUGAAGAAUCGCGACAUUUAUUAUGGGAUGAUUAUUCGUGUGGGGGGACAUUUUCGUCUGCUCGCCAAAAGAGUCAUGAAUUUUUGACUGAUGAUCAUCUCGUUGAAACACGCAUUACGGCGGAGUCGGUUUCCUGCGCUCUCUAUAGCCUAUCCACCCCGGCAUACUCGAACCCAUUUUAGGAUGUCCCGAGUUUGUUGCUAUAAAGGGAAGCUGGGAACUUUGUCAAUGGAACAUUGAGGCUUGAUGAGAGAUGACGUUUAAAAUGUAUAUAAUAUAAAUAGGUGCCCUUAGACCAUCAUACUCCGUCUCCUAGUGGCAGGGCCGCGUUGCAAGCGCGUUGAGUCGAUUGGGGUUUUAGCAUAGCCAGCCGCAGUCUCCUCCGUGGAGAACUCAAACAUCCCUUCAGCAGGUGGUGUUUUGUUGUACAUAUCAGUCCUCGUCGUCAAAUGGGCAUGGCUAGCAUCAAGUGAUGGGUUUGACGAGUACCUCCGUGUUUCACUUCGUUUUUUUGUCUGGCAACGCUUUUUACUUCCCGCAACAAGAGUUGAAAUAGCAAUGCUAGAUGCUGAUUGCCCGUUAUGGUAAUCCCCAUCAGGAUGGGCGGAACAUCCCUCCGCCAUUUGUUCAUGAUCGGGUAAUUUUGUUGGCGGAUCCUGGGGCGCCUGGACGGGAUUGUUAUUUAUAGUGUCACCUUCUUCGGGCGUUUGGAAAUGUUCGGGCUGCGAUCUCGAAAUACGCCGAAAUCUGUCUUGCCCAACGGCAUCAACAAGCUCCUCUGUGGGGCGUCUCAUUUUAUCUCUGAGGUUUGGCUCGGCAUAGCUCACAGGUCCUCUUGAUCGUCUAGACUGUCUAGUCCUUGUAUUUGCAGAUGCUUUACCGUCCGUCGGACCCGGCUCUGGGAGUAUGUCUGCGCUUUCGCACGUUGCAGCGCGAUCGACCAUAUUUGGGGUAGCAACUGGUGGGUCGGUGUCUAAACAGUGGCCCACUUCCUUGGGUGAACGGGCUCCCUUUAUGGGUGCCUUCGGGUUGAAUUCAGAU